GACGUCGACGACGGAGUCCUCGCGCGAGACGGCAGACGGUCGACCGCCUCAGUACGAGGUAGCCUCCGCGACUGCUCGGGACGACGACGACGGCGAAGCCGGGACCGUGAAUUUUCAUCGAUGUGAACAAUUCGAUCAAUCAGUCCCGUCUUUGUUUCGCCGGUUCCACACUCCACUUGGCUCUUCGCCGAUCGCCGGUCCCGCACGUACUAUGAGGUAGUCGCGGUCGCUACUUUUUUGGGCUCCCGUAGGGAUUGGGAGAGCUGUCAGGAAGGACGCGAGGAACUCGUGAAGGACCGUGCUGAUCCCCGUGAUCGGUCCCGGUGCCGUGGGCGCAGGAGGAAGACGUGGUGGGAGGGUGGAACGAAGAAACCAGGCAGACAGGGAAGCAGCGGGCUCGGUGAGUUGGGUGAAAAUCGAUGGCCAUCAGCGCCCAUGGGCGGCCUCGCGUUUAGGACAAGGAAUAGCCCCUCCCAGAAGACCUCGCUCCGGUGGGGUGACUGCUGUCCCCCGAACCCUAACCCAGCGUCGUCGUCGGCCGCCUGGAAGCACCGUCAUCAGGACAUGCCACCGGUGCCCGUGUGAGGCUGCCCCCCGCUGUUGCGUGAUUGUACCUCGCGGGGAUUUCAAAGAUAUCCGGACGAUCCUAAAGGGGAUCGACCGCCGAAUUUCUCAGACCUACGUCUCCGUCAUCUCGAGCUCGCGCCGGUUGACCUCUACUCCCCGAAGAUGAUUAACAUCGCUGGGGUGGUCUCGAUCGUUCUCUUUUAUCUGCUGAUCCUGGGCGUGGGAAUAUGGGCGGCCAGGAAGAAGGAGGCGGGCAACGACUCCGAGGAGGAGGUCAUGUUAGCCGGUCGCUCGAUCGGGCUCUUCGUCGGGAUAUUCACGAUGACGGCGACCUGGGUCGGCGGUGGUUACAUCAACGGCACCGCCGAGGCGAUCUACACGAGGGGCCUAGUUUGGUGUCAGGCGCCCUUCGGAUACGCCCUCAGUCUCGUUUUCGGUGGUAUUUUCUUCGCGAACAAGAUGCGACAGCAGGGGUACGUCACGAUGCUGGAUCCGCUUCAAGACGCGUUUGGGGAGCGGAUGGGAGGCCUCCUCUUUCUACCUGCCCUUUGCGGCGAGGUCUUCUGGGCGGCGGGCAUUCUCGCGGCCCUGGGUGCCACGUUGGCGGUCAUCAUCGACAUGGACCAGGGUGCCUCCGUCAUCCUGAGCGCUUGCAUCGCGGUUUUCUACACCCUCUUCGGCGGUCUCUACUCUGUCGCCUACACCGACGUCAUUCAACUCUUUUGCAUAUUCAUCGGUCUGUGGAUGUGUAUCCCGUUUGCUUGGGCGAAUCCGAAGGUACAGUCCCUCAGUUCCAUGGACGUUGAUUGGAUCGGCAAAGUGGAGCCCAAGGAGUACUGGUCUUAUUUGGAUUACGGUUUACUUUUGAUAUUCGGCGGUAUACCUUGGCAAGUGUACUUCCAACGCGUUCUCUCCUCGAAAACCGCGGGUAGAGCUCAAAUAUUGAGUUACGUCGCUGCUGCGGGCUGCAUCCUCAUGGCAAUUCCUCCCGUUCUCAUUGGAGCGAUCGCCAAAGCAACUCCUUGGAACGAGACGGGUUAUACUGGUCCUUAUCCUUUCACGGAGGCGGAGACCAGCAUGAUUCUGCCGCUGGUCCUGCAACAUCUGACACCGGACUUCGUCUCCUUCUUCGGAUUAGGAGCGGUAUCGGCGGCGGUGAUGUCUUCUGCGGACAGCAGCAUCCUCUCUGCUAGUUCGAUGUUUGCUAGAAACAUUUACAAAUUGAUCUUCCGUCAGCGGGCGUCGGAGAUGGAGAUCAUCUGGGUGAUGCGGGUUGGGAUCGGCGUGGUCGGCGUGCUGAGCACCGUGAUGGCACUGACGAUACCCUCGAUCUACGGCCUCUGGUCGAUGUGCUCGGACCUGGUCUACGUGAUCCUGUUCCCGCAGCUGCUGAUGGUGGUGCACUUCAAGGACUACUGCAACACCUACGGCAGCCUGUCGGCGUACAUAAUCGCCUUCCUGGUACGCAUCAGCGGCGGCGAGCCGAUAAUGGGUCUGCCGGCGCUGAUCCACUAUCCGGGAUACGACAAGGAGUCGUCGACGCAGAUGUUCCCCUUCAGAACGAUGGCGAUGCUGCUGUCGCUGAUAACGUUGGUGGGUGUGUCGUACGGCACGCAGUUCGCCUUCCUGACCGGUCGACUCGCGCCGGGCUACGACGUCUUUAGAUGCGUGGUGAACAUCCCGGAGGACGUCGAGCGGGUGGGUCCGGACCCGGCCGAGGGCGAACAGAUGGCCGUCCUAGCUGCGGGCGUCGGCAGGCUCUACGGCAGCAAGGACGAAUCGAACGGCCGAGUGAAUCCUGCGCUCGAGCCGGACUACGACAUGGAUCCGGGAUGUACGAUGAUCGGCGGUGCGUCGGAUGACGACGUCGUCGGCGGCGGCGGCGGCGGCACCGGGGACACCUGGUGCGCGCCUCGCCAGCCGCAAUCCAGCACCGCGUUCUAAGUCCUGGUUCCGUGAUCGGAUGCUGUGACCAACAAUAAGUGCGGCGGUGCGUGGUUCCUCUUUCCCACAGCUUCCCCGAUUCUUUUCUCUAUACUUUCGACGCGGUUCGUUUGGCUUCUCUUAUUAUCACACGUCGAUUUAUCGAUAUUUAUUUAUAUUUUUAUUUUUAUUCAAUGCUCCGUUUGUGGAAAUAUUUAUCUCCGUCUGAAAAUUACACGGGUUUUCAAACGCUUCGUUCGUUAAAAUAUUCAGUUGCCAAAGAUUUUAUCGAAGAAUUAUCUUCGCCUGGAAGAAAUUCUGCUCUCGCGCUGGAUAAGACUUAAAUGUUAAAACAUCUUCUUUUCUACUUCCCUAACAGCAAAAAUGUUCGAAAGAUAUUCAGAGAAUAUCCAUAGAAUAUUGCAACAUUCUAUGGAUAUUCUCUGAAAAUCUUUCGAACAUUUCUGCUAUUAGGGUUUCGUUAACGUAUAACGCGUUUCCUUCGUACGGCGCGGUUGAUUUUACUUUUCUUAUUAUUACAGAUAAUUUAAUCGAUAUUUAUUUAUAUUUAUAUUUUUAUUAAAUGCUUUGUUUCAAAAAUUUAUCCAUCUAAAAAUUACACGGAUUUUCAAAUGCUUUAUUCGUUAAAAUAUUCAGUUGCCAAAGAUAUUUAUCGAAGAAUUACUUCGCCUGGAAGAAAUUCUGCUCUCGCGCUGGAUAAGACUUAAAUGUUAAAACAUCUUCUUUUCUACUUAUUUCGUUAACGUAUAACGCGUUUCCUUCGUACGGCGCGGUUGAUUUUACUUUUCUGAUUAUUACAGAUAAAUUAAUCGAUAUUUAUUUAUAUUUAUAUUUUUAUUAAAUGCUCCGUUUCAAAAAAAUUUAUCCAUCUAAAAAUUACACGAGGUUUCAAAUGCUUUAUUCGUUAAAAUAUUCAGUUGCCAAAGAUAUUAUCGAAUAAUUACUUCGUCCGAAAGACAUUCUAACAUCCAAUUCAUUUCCGCACGCAUUCCUUUGCAUCUUGAAACGUAAUUUACUGACGCGACGCAUAAUUGUACAUCCAAGUAACAUUGCUUUCUCUAAUAACGCGUCUCCGAGAAUUACGAAGAUAAUUGUCCCGAUUAUCGUUAGAUGUUCGAAAUUGUCUAUGUGACAAAGUGUCGCUUCGGGGUCAUUUCCAGUGUUAAUCGACUUUCGGACUUUCCCGGCCAGUUACUCAAACUUAUAAUGUUUCACACACACACACACACACACG